GGCAACAGUCUUUGACUCAAAAUGGCGGCUAAAAUAGAGAUUUUGUGAAUCUAUAAGCCAUUUUCUCCGCGUAAAAGAUGACUAGCUCUAGUUUAACUCACUCAGAAGAAAGCAGACUGGGUGACAUAUCAGUCAGAAGAUCCUCCAUUGGCAUUGUGGAGAGCAGGCAGAGCAUACCACUAGUGACUAACCUCUUUUCAAAGGAGACCAGAGGAGAUGAGGGAGGAGAAAAGGACUGGCUCAAUUCAGAGCCUUUCGAUAGGAUUACUGGAAACCCAUCAAGAGAGAGAUAUAGUCAAUUGCUACUAGAGGACACUCCUGAAACUAUAUUAAAAUUACAGUCAGUCAGAGAAGUACACGAGCUCACAGCCAAUUCCCCUUCCCCCUCCAACAACAGUCCAGAUGAUUAUAGUGUUGCUAGUAGCAGUAGUAGUGAUAUUUCAGUACACGUUAACACUGUGGAAGAUCGAAUAAGAGAAAGAAAGAAAGCCAGACAUGAGGCCACAUUAAAGCAGUUCACUGAUGCUCUCUCUUCAAUGGACGAGGAACACAAGAGUAGAAUAGAGACACUUCUCUCUGAUCUCAAAUUAACAAUAAAACAAGUAGAAACAGGUAUCACUGAUCUAUGGUCUGAUUUUGACAAUGAAGAAGCUCUGCUCCUGUUAAAGUCCAGUAGUGUUGAUGCUCUUCUGUUAAAAGCCGAAGAAUAUCUAAAACAAGAGAAAGACUCCAUCGUAGCAUUUGAAGAAAAAGCAAUAGAACAAGAGAGACUUUAUGUGAAGAAGGUGUCUCAUUUAUUAUCUAAAACGCUCCAGUCCCUCAACUCAAUAUCUUAUCUUCUCUCUCAUCAAGUGUGUAGAGUCAUUGAUGAGGAAGCAAUGAGGAUCAACCUCUCAGUCCUGGGAAACAUGAGGAACUACUCACGUCUCUCGCGUGACCUUCAAACAGGCAACAAUAAAAGAGAACAAAGGACCAGGUGUCACUUCACAGCGUUCAGGACCCAGUGGUCAACCAUUAGAUCAAGAGGGGCGGAGAAUGAUUUUAGGACUUACAUCAAUAGUGAUGACAUUAAGCAGCCACAGUUGUUAGAGAAGCUAAAAGCUAGUUUCCUGACUGAGCAAGAGGACAUUAGGAAACUGUUGGAAUCACAUUUAGAGCAACUGAGAUAUGAGUUAAGGAGAACUAAACUCAAUGCUAUUUUUGAUGAACAUCAAAGUCAAGUGAAGGCUGAAGCACAAAAACUUGAGAAAUCCCUCCAGUCCCUCUCUACCCUCAUUCACUCUCACUUUAUGAUGUUGUUCCAGUUUGCUCAAGGAGCAGCUCACAUUUGGGACACCCACAGUUCUAAACUAGAUGAGGCGUCACGACAGCAUAAAGAAGGUCUAGCUAAUCAUCGUAAGAACCAUGACUUACGUAAUCAAACGAUGGAAGCUAAUCUGGACUUUGUUAUUGAUAGAAUGAGACAGUCCAGCUCUCCAGAGGAAGCCAAUGAAUAUUUAAAGCAGUCAAUGCAAAUGCUGGACACUAUAAAAGCCGGAUAUUUAACAUUUCACGAUGGGAUGCUUUCAGAGUCUAAGAAAUAUCCAAAACUAGUAACAGACACUGUUGAAGGCUAUGACAAAACAAUAUGUAAAUAUUUGAAUGUGAGCAGAAACAACCAAUCUUCGAAAACUGCAAAAGGAAAGGUAAGGAAGUCUACAGGGACCCCAACUAAGAGAACCAGUGCUCAAUCAAAGAAAACAUCAGCUAUAGAUGAAAUGGUGGAACAGGUUAUAGCAACUAGCGAAGGAACAUCAUUUUACAUUUUAUCAACUGAUACACUUCACGAUCAGCCACUCUAUACAUCUAAAAGUGACUGGAGCAAUUCCUCAGUUUUUAUCACACAAGAUGAAGAUAUUGAGGGAAUGGCUGAUAAUUUUGCUGCUAAUUCUGUACUUAUUGAAGACUCAAAAUUCACUCAAACAAAAGAAUUAAUACGCCUCGCUUUUCUCGAACACAUGGAGAAAUGGAAGAGACUUCAACUUGAAGAUGCAAUCAGAUCAACUCGAGAAAAAGAGGAGGAGUUUAAAACAGAGCUCGAACUGCGACUGCAUUUACAUGAGCCACGCCCUCAAAGAGUCAUAGAAGAUAUCAAUAGCGUUCGAAUUGUUGAGCUGGUUUCUCAUGAAGAGAGAGUAUCUGUUCACAUCAAAGGAUUAACUAACUUGCUUCACAAAGACAAGAACUGUGUGUCAGAGCUUAGUGUAGAACUAGAUUUAAAGUUGGCUCAGUUUGUAGCAGCACUGGGUAAUGUCUCCAGCUGUGUGACACACUGUACUAACUUAACGAGUCUUAGAAAAGUUUUAAAUGAAGCAAAAUCAUUACUUGCAAAGUCCAUUUCUUCAUUCAAAGAUGAAGUGUCCUCCCAGUAUGAGCUCACUGUGGCAUCAUUUGAAGAAGCCUUGAGUUCAAACAAUGACUACAUCCAAUCAUUGAAGUUGUUUUCUGAAGGUGGUAAUUACAGUAUUGAGGAGAUUGAGAAAAUUAGACCGAAAUUGGAUAAACAAGGUGACAGGAUUAAGAAGUACAAAAUACAAGUGACUGAAGACAUCAAAUCAUUAUCAGCCACUAUACCAGAUAGAUUUGAACACGUUUUUAACAAGCACUUUAUACACACCUAUGAAUAUCAUUUGGCUGACAUAUCUAUGAUUGAUAGUAUUGAAAACAUCAUUAGAAAUUGUCAGAUACUUAUAAAAACUGAAGUAGCCAGUAGUAAUGGUCAAUCUGCAGAUAUCAAGCAAUUAGUGAAAACUGUUGAGCAACGAUUAGAGGAGAAAGCUUUAUCAGAUGUGUACUCUUCCUUCCAACUGCUGUACAGUUCUUGUCAGACUCGUCUUAAGUAUCUCCAUUGUGUCCUAUCCAGAGGAAGUGCUACUAGUUCAAUGACUCGCAUGACUUCAUCUCUCACUUCCUGUCUCUCUCAGCCUCCCAUUUCUGCUAUUGAUGUCACAAAGAGUAUCCUGAGUUAUACAAGUGGUAGUCCUGGACCAUCUCAACCUGAAACUACAGCAAAAACAAAAGUUUAUUCAGCUCAUUCUCCUUCGACUGACGAAAUGAAAGUACCAAAAACAGUAAACGUUUCGACGCCAAAGCAGAAGGUUGUUGCAGUAGCUGCUGCUAAGGACCGACGGGUUAUUAAUUUUGGGUCUGCUGGAGGCGAAGAUGGAUCUAAUUGUUUUCUACCCAAAAUAAGAGUAAUACUGACAGAUACGCAUAAGAAACUGUAUGCUGCCGCAGAAGAAUACUAUAGAAUGAAGGGAACUAGAGCUAUUACAAAGCCUAAGAAAAUUCCAGACUCAUUCAAGCAGCUUAUGGACAAUCUGAUUGGUCGUUGCCAUGGUUACUAUUCUCAGGCAGAGCAGUACAGAAAUGAAUGCAUUGAUGUUAGUUCACACGAGUUCUCCUUGCGUCCUUAUCUGGGUCACCCUGAGUGUGUGGAUGAGUUGCAGGAGCUUUGUAAGAGGGAGAGAGAGAGACAUGAAGCUACUCUCAACAUUAUCACAGAAAGAACAAAUAAAAUUGAAUCAACACUUCAAACUAAUUGCAAGGAGUUUAUUGUCGAAGUUCACAAAAAAGUCGAAGAGUUACUCAAAUUAUUUGAUGAGAGCAUCGAUCAGUGUGACGUCCAACCAGCUAGCGUUAGCUUACCUUCAAGACAAGAACUGCUGAGAGAAUAUGCAACAGGUGGACACACUGACAAAAAAGAAAGCACUGAAGUAAGAGAGAAGUCAUCAAGAUUAUCAAGGAGGGCAAAUACAGCAAUAACAUGGCCACCUAUCAGUGACAGCACGCUGACAUUUGGUGACAAAGAAAUCGCAACAACCAUUGCUGGUAAGCUGAAGUCAGUAAAAGCUACAACAGCUCAUUAUGAAGUUAUAAAAACCAGAGACACUAUAAUAGAGGAGUAUAAGGAUUGGUACACUGCUGCUAUUAAUAAGUCAAGGGCACUAUCAGAGACUGAGAUAGAAAUAGAAACCAAGCAUUGUGCUGCUUGGGAGACAUCAAUAAGCACAAUAAUGAAACUAUAUGCAUCAACUAAACACCAACCAAUGAAAACAUAAACACAGUUAACACUCACAUACAUGUACACGUACAGUACACACAUUAAUAAUAAUAGCUAUGUAUUAUUUAUUAUUAAUUUUAACAGGAUAAAUGGAAAACAUUUAAGCCUAAGCUUCCAAAG